AUGUCAUUGCUGCCGGAUGUCCAAGCAGCCAGUGAGUCCCCGCAAGUUGGUGCUGCAGCAUCCCCCAUGGGUUCAGAUGCUGCCAUGGAGCCUGAGGACAAGCAGAGCGACAGCAGCCACAAGCUGUUCGAGCAACUUGUGGAGACUGAGGAUGCCAGUGAGGAAGACGGAGGGGAGCACAACCAGUCACUUGGCGAGGAACAUGCUGAUGGCAUUCCGCAGGCUGCCUCCCUUCGCGAUGCCUUGGAGGAUGAAUGCGGGAGCUGCAGGGAUGAGGAAGAUGUGCUUUCGCAGCAGCCAGAAGCCAGCACUGAGAGAGAGCAUGAGGAGACAUCAGAGUUGCCUCAGCCGAGCAGUCCGAACCAGCUCAGCUCCGAGCUUGUCGCUUUUGAGGACGCUGACAUAGCUGAGCAAGGCCUGCAAGAGGAGGUCCAUGUGCUGUGCCAGGAUCUUUCGUUGGACAGGUCCGACUUCGGCAAUGCAGAGUUGAGUCCGGGUGGCAACUCCAUUUCAGCUGCCGCAGCCAGUGAGGAAGCAGAGGAACCUGCUGGCAUGUCAUUGCUGCCGGAUUUCCAAGCAGCCAGUGCGUCCCCGAAAACUGGUGCCACGUCCCCAGCCUGCGAAGCAAAGGAUCCCCCAACCGGUCCUGACAUGUCGCAGGGUGCGUCCCAAGAUUUGGAGCAUCUCGCAGAAGGCGGCGACAGCAAAGCGCAUGGGAAGGCCAAAGGAUCGGCUCAGGACCUUUGCCAGCGCGGACGUGCAUUUCUCCCUCGACUGGCAGCGCUGGUGCCAGUGGGGAUCCUUCUGUUGGCGGAAGCGGCCUGGCGCUUGGGUCCUGAACCCGAGAUCCUGGCGUGA